AUGGUCCGCAAUAAGAAGCUCCUCACCCAAGGAGGCCCUCCACACUGCCAAACCGGCACGAUGGACGACUUCGUGUCCACACCGGGCACCCUCGGUGGCUCCGGGCCGGCAGACAAUAUGGCGCUUGGAUCCCCAGACCUGGAAAGCGCGGGAAGCUCCACAGCAGAUGGCGUCUGGGAAGACACCCUGGCGCUGAUCCGACAGGAGCUGGCUGCUAUCUCAGGGCAAAAGAAGACAGACACCAGCAGCCUCAUACAAGACCUCCGGACAGCAGUCCGUAAGGAGAUUGCGGCCCUGUGCACAGAUCUCUCAGCGGUUGAAGAACGCGUGGAGGCCCUUGAAACUGAAGCCCAGACGAGCCGCAGACAACACCAGGCGGUGGAAAUAGCUACAACCCGACAAAGAAACCUGCUCCUGUCCCUCCGGCACCAGGUCGAGGACCUGGAAUACCGCAGCAGACGACACAACAUCCGCAUACGUGGCCUGCCAGAGCCGGAUGCAACCCCCGUGCCCGACACGAUCACAGCCCUUUUCCAAGAGAUUCUGGGCCGAGACUGCCCACCAGAAAUCCAGUUUGACCGGGUCCAUAGGGCACUGGGACCGCCAAGGCCAGACGACUGA